CUCCAGUCCAAUUUCUCACUGACACCACUGCGAGCUAAUCUCCAAAGCGCUCGACGCCUUUGGCAUAUUCACUCAACUUUCUUACCCAUAAAAAGACCCGUUAUAUUACGCCAAGACCCGAUACAACUUUUUUGAACCUCAAUCUUUUUCUCCUUUUCCAGUCAAUAUGGCCAGAGACAGGCUAGCAGCGAUGAGAGCACAACAGGGCGGAGCAAAUAAUAUGAGCUCCAACUCCUAUCCUUCUCAGGCAGGUGGUGGUGGUGGUGGUGGUGGAUAUCAACCUCGUCGACCCAAUCCCUAUGCUCAACAGGACGGUGCAUCAUAUGAAAUGUCAGAUGUACCUACGUCGGCGAACUUUAAUGGCAACAUGACCGGGGGUGACAGUAUGUCGGCGUUCUAUGCUGAAAUAUCCUCCCUCCAAGAUAGUAUCCGCACAUUCAACGACAAUGUUUCCCGCAUUGGUGACCUUCACUCGCGUUCAUUGAAUAAUAUGGAUGACGCCGCCGCACAACGGAAUGCUGCACAACUAGAUGAGCUUGUCGAAGAUACCAGCGCACUCAGCGCGACUCUCAAGCGCCGAAUUAAAGCCUUGGAGAAACAAGGUGCCUCAGGACGGGAUGGCCAGACACGCAAACAACAGACUGCGUUGGUCAAAUCCAAGUUUGUGGAAGCCAUUCAAAAUUACCAGACUGUUGAGCAGCAGUAUCGGACAAAAUACAAGCAGAGAAUGGAGAGACAAUUCAAGAUUGUCAAACCUGACGCCACACCGGAGGAGAUAAAGGCGGUCGUCCAUGAAGAGAGCGGGGGACAAAUUUUCCAGCAGGCGGUGAUGGACUCGAACCGCAUUGGAGCUUCCAGAGCAGCCUACCGCGAAGUUCAGGAACGACAUGAAGACAUCAAGCGUAUUGAGAAGACACUCGCCGAGCUCGCUCAGCUCUUCAACGAUAUGAGCGUCCUUGUUGCGGAGCAAGAUGAGACCAUUAUGAACAUUGAAACACAAGCUGCUUCUGUGGAGAAGGAUACUGAAGCGGGUCUCCAAUACACCGAUAAGGCUGUUGACUCUGCACGCGCUGCCCGCAAGAAACGGUGGAUUUGUUUCUUCAUCAUCCUCAUCCUUCUCGCUAUCAUCGGCAUCGUUGUCGGUGUUGUUGUCGCCCAACAGGUCAACAACGCCAAAAACGCCAAAAACGCCGGCAAAUAGGCUCACCGUCUUUUCCUUACCUUUUUUUUAGUGUAUUUAACGAGUUUAUCUUGAUUUCUCCCCCCCCCUUCGCUAUCAUUCGUUUAAUCUCAUCCGCACAUAUUUAACAUACGCUACCAGCGACAUUCAUUCAUUCUUAGGUUAAUGCGAUAUUCAGGUUUACGAUACGGACAAUGGAUAUCACUUCCUAUACCCCCACUUCCACUUCCGAUGAAAUGCGACAGACUAUGGUAAUAAUUACCCAAAACUGAUCACUGUAGGAAACUAGUUCGGUUCCGACCUCAUACUGAACCUAUUUUAUGGGUGGAUGCGUGUGAAUGUUCUUCG